GGCAAAUGAAGACAGUCAGUGCAGCAGGGACUCCAGGGAAUGAAUGGAUUUUUUUUCAGCGUCAGUGAAAGAAAUCUGACUUUAACAUCGGCAUUACAAAAGGGCAUGAUGUGCGGCCAAAGACUGAAGAGGUUUGUUGCUUUUUGGACGCUGGUUUUCCUAAGGACAGUUACUGGGCUUGCCGGAGAGGGAAGAUCUGUGUGGAAAAAGGACCCCAACUUCAGUCCUGUGAGUGAAACACAGAUGUUUUUAUACGACGUUUUCCCUAAAGAGUUUCUCUGGGGCGUAGGGACAGGGGCACUGCAGGUAGAAGGCAGCUGGAGGAAGGAUGGGAAAGGAUCCUCCGUAUGGGACCAGUUUGUCCACGCAGCGUUCAGAGAUGCCGACAGCCCAGAUGUUUCCAGUGACAGUUAUACCUUGUUGGACAAAGAUUUGUCAGCCUUGGAUUUUUUGGGAGUUACUUUUUAUCAAUUUUCAAUUUCAUGGUCAAGACUUUUUCCCACUGGUGUGGUAGCAGCUCCCAAUGAAAAAGGACUCCAGUACUAUAAUGGUCUUAUUGACUCUCUAGUUUACAGAAAUAUUGACCCCAUGGUUACUCUGUAUCACUGGGACCUGCCCUUGACACUGCAAGAAAAAUACGGUGGAUGGAAAAAUGAAUCAGUAAUUGAUAUCUUCAAUGACUAUGCCACCUUUUGCUUCCAGACCUUUGGGGAUCGUGUUAAGUAUUGGAUUACAAUCCACAAUCCGUAUUUAGUUGCUUGGCAUGGGUAUGGCACAGGUAUUCAUGCUCCUGGAGAGAAAGGGAAAAUAACAACUGUCUACUCUGUAGGACACAAUUUGAUCAAGGCUCAUGCAAAAGUUUGGCAUAACUACAAAACACGCUUUCGACCACAUCAGAAGGGGUUGAUGUCCAUAGUAUUGGGAUCCCACUGGAUCGAACCUAACAAAUCGGAAGAUGCUUUGGACAUUUCUAAAUGCCAGCAGUCUAUGGAGAGAGUACUUGGAUGGUUUGCUAAACCCAUCUAUGGGGAUGGUGACUACCCAGAAGAACUGAAAAAUGAUUUAUCUUUUUUGCCAAGCUUUACUGAGGAUGAAAAAAACUAUAUAAAGGGAACAGCAGACUUCUUUGCAUUUUCCUUUGGUCCUAAUAACUUUAAACCUCCAAACACUCUGCCAAAAAUGGGACAAAAUUUGUCACUCAAUUUGAGGGAAGUACUGAACUGGAUUAAACUGGAAUAUAGCAGUCCUCGAAUCUUGAUCGCAGAGAAUGGCUGGUUCACUGACAGCCAUGUGAAAACAGAUGACACCACUGCCAUCUACAUGAUGAAAAACUUCAUUAAUAAGGUUUUACAAGCUAUUAAAUACGACAACAUAGAUGUGUUUGGUUACACAGCCUGGUCGCUCCUUGAUGGCUUUGAAUGGCAACAUGCCUACAACAUCAGGCGUGGACUAUUUUAUGUAGAUUUCAAAAGUGAAAAAAAGGAAAGGAUUCCCAAAUCAUCUGCACUUUACUAUAAGCAAAUCAUACGAGAAAAUGGCUUCUUCCCAAAAGAGUCUACCCCAAGUUUACAAGCUCAGUUUUCCUGCGACUUCUCCUGGGGUAUCACUGAAUCUGUUCUUAAGGCAGAGUCUGUGGCUUCCUCACCACAGUUCUGCGAUUCAAACCUGUAUCUCUGGAACGUCACAGGAGAUGGGCUCUUGCACGAAGUCAAAGGAGUGAAGCUAAAAACCCGACCAGCGCAGUGUACAGAUUUUGUCAGCAUUAAAAAGCAGCUUGACCUCCUGGAAAAAAUGAAAGUCACCCAUUACAGAUUUGCACUUGACUGGUCUCUAAUUUUACCCAAUGGAGAUUUGUCAGUGAUCAACAGACAAGUUCUCAGAUAUUAUAGAUGUGUGAUUAGCGAAGUACUAAAACUCAAUAUUCAAACUAUGGUCACCUUAUACUAUCCAACUCAUGCCUACCUGGGCCUGCCGGGUCCUUUGCUGCAGACAGGAGGAUGGCUAAAUCAAUCCACUGCCCGUGCUUUUCAAGACUAUGCAGCUUUAUGUUUUCAAGAACUUGGCGACUUGGUUAAACUUUGGAUUACAAUAAAUGAGCCUAACCGACUAAGUGACGUCUAUAACAGGAGCAGCAAUGAUACGUACCGGGCAGCACACAAUUUAUUAAUAGCACAUGCCAUGGCCUGGAAAAUAUACGAUGAGCGAUACAGAUCCUCUCAGUGCGGUAAAGUGUCCCUGUCGCUGCAUUCGGAUUGGGCUGAGCCUGCCAAUCCCUACUUCGAGUCUCACUCAAAAGCUGCCACCAGAUUUCUUCAGUUUGAGAUAGGCUGGUUUGCCGAUCCAAUAUUUAAGACGGGGGACUAUCCAGCUACUAUGAGGGAAUACAUUCUCUCUAAAAACAGAAAAGGCCUCUCUCACUCUUCAUUGCCAUAUUUCACACAGGCGGAAAAGCAGCUUGUUAAGGGUGCGGCUGACUUCUAUGCACUGAAUCAUUUCACCACAAGAUUUGUGAUUCAUGAACCUCAAAAUGGGAGCCAGUAUGAAUUUGAUCGUGAUGUUCAGUUUCUGCAAGACAUCACCUGCCUGAGCUCCCCUUCCCGUUUGGCAGUGGUGCCUUGGGGAAUACGCAAAGUUCUGAAAUGGAUUAAAAAAACCUACGGCGACAUCGAUGUUUACAUCACAGCAAAUGGAAUAGAUGACCAGUCCUUAGACAACGAUGAACUUCGACAUUAUUACUUAGGAAAAUACAUACAAGAGGUUUUAAAAGGUACACAAACAUAAGUCUGUGACAGAAGGGAGCCUGAACCCAGCACUUCAGCUGCAGAGGCAAUGCGGACAGUGUCAAGCUCCUCUCCCCAGUCCCACAUACCUUUUCAAUGCAAUACCAGAGCCGCUUAUUUCGGUAAGUCAUGUUAAGGUUAUGCUAAUGUUAACAAGUGCAAUGUGAGAGCACCUGCAGGGGGAAACAGCUGGCAUUGAAGACCCAACUCCUGUGUAUUUUGGAAGGGUUUGUUUCUGACACGCUCUAGGCUGGCCCUAUGGACACGAGACCAGUGGCUGGAGCACAUUACGUCAACUCUUCCAGCACACCUGCUGGUUUAGCAUCAUCCAAAAGAAAUCCAGUUCACAUGCUCCACUGCUCCCCAGUGUGGACCAAAGUGCAUUUACUGGCAACAAAAAGGACAUUCUCUACACAAGCACAUUCCUGAUUCAAAUUAAAACAGUAAUUAUAUAUGCACCCUAACAGUUUUUUUAUCAUUGGAAGGCAUAACUAGACACACUGAGAGACAGUGGAUUAAACUAAACACAUAAAUGUGCCUGUAUGUGUUAAUAAACUCAAUUCAGAACAGAAGUGCUAGUCAUUAGAUACAGUUUAUUUAUUUAGCAGAUAUCUAAAGGGUUAGAUGCAAGCCAAGUUACACUUGCAAGUUAGGUGUAAGUGGAAAAAAACAGAGCACAGAUAAGCAUAAAUCACUGGUAGUGACUUGAAGUCAAAAAAAUCACCCUUUAGGAUGGGGGUGGUCUACUGAAUUAAAUGGAAAGGGGAAUGACAGAGGGAUGCACUUAAACAGGAUCUUAAUUUACGGAAUAAGAAAACUAUGACAAAGCCCAUCCAUUCUCCAAUGCCCUCUUCCCCCAGCCACAUAUGUGGGCUGACCAUUUCUUGGCCUCUUCUGUUGACUGAGCAAACACUGCAUGUAAAAAGUUUUAUUUCCAGCACCCAAAUGCUUAGAUAGCUGUAAUAAGCUGAUGGUGGUGCUAUCACUGCCUGAAUUUAGAGGAAAACAUGCCAGAGAAACUUUGUACAUCUUAAUCCAGCAAAUACCUUCUUCAGAGCUGGGGGCUUUUACUACAUCUUUCACCCAAUCAGUCUCUCUACCUUGUCAAAGCUCCUCUUUCAAUUCAAUCUCAUUUAAUAUUUUAAUUUCAAGACGACUAUUCUUUCAAGACAGUAACACCCUAAUGCACCAUAUAAAGUUACCUUAGUAAGGAGAAAAACUCAAAUGCCGAUGGACACUGAAUCUAGCAAAGAAAAGCAUAGGAAAGGGAGAAGAAAAACCAAAACAAUUUUGAGCAUCUGAGACAUUACAAUUAGUGACUAGACACUAACUUCCAAGACCCUAGUACUGCAUGCCCAUGUGAAAUGAAAGCACAAUCACAUAACUAUUUUGGGGGCUAUCCUGAAUUUAUUAUGUCCAUGUCGAUUCUUUCUUCAAUAUCAAGUUUCAACAACUUGCUGCCAAAUGUUUUUGCAUCAUUCUAACCUUUUCUUUAACGGGAAUCUUUUUCCAAAUUUCAAUAGAACAAGCAACAGCACAAAAUCCCAACAAUUCAUUGCUGAGAUUAGCAAGCAAGAAAACUCACAUUAGUAAUUCCCAGAUGACACAAAUCCCUUACGGAAACUCAGCAAUAAGCUCUAUCUGAAUUCAGAGGCAGAACUCUUGGUUUUUCAAAUCAGUAAUAUUGAUAAAGUGUUGUAUUUUCAGACUUAUUC